AGAGUGUUAAGUUUGUUAUUUUACAAAUUUUCUUAUCUUUUUUUUCAUUGAACUUUUGUUUCAAUUUUUUUAUUUAUUUAAACUUUCUCUAUUGUAAUUGGUGUUGCUGCUAUUAAUUAAUUUCUGGUGCUAAUUUGAGAGUGUAUGCGUGAGAGACAGAGAGACAGAGAGACAGAGAGAGAGGAAUCAAGAUAGCGCCUUUUGAAUUUUCUAUCAGAAUCUGAGGACCCAAAAUCUAGGGUUUUCUGUUCUUUCUCUUGGGAUCUGUAGACAUGCAGUCCAAGUCUGAAACUGCAAAUCGACUGAGGUCAGAUCCUCAUUCCUUUCAACCUGGAAGUGUUUAUUCCGAGCCUUGGUGGCGCGGUAUUGGUUACAAUCCCUUGGCCCAAACAAUGGCUGGGGCAAAUGCAUCCAAUUCGUCAUCUCUUGAGUGCCCUAAUGGUGAUUCUGAGUCCAAUGAAGAAGGCCAGUCUUUGUCCAAUAGCGGGAUGAAUGAGGAAGAUGAUGAUGCCACUAAAGAAUUUCAGCCUGCUGUUCCUAACGAACCAGGAAAUUAUGGGCAAGAACAGCAAGGGACCCAGCAUACUGCAUCAUCUGCACCAUCCAUGCGUGAAGAAUGCCUUACUCAGACACCGCAGCUGGAACUUGUUGGUCAUUCAAUUGCAUGUGCUACAAAUCCUUAUCAAGAUCCAUAUUAUGGGGGCAUGAUGGCAGCUUAUGGUCACCAGCAGUUGGGAUAUCCUCCUUUUAUAGGAAUGCCUCAUGCCAGGAUGCCUUUGCCCCUUGAGAUGGCUCAAGAGCCUGUUUAUGUGAAUGCCAAACAGUACCAAGGAAUUCUGAGGCGAAGACAAGCCCGUGCUAAAGCAGAACUUGAAAGGAAGCUAAUAAAAUCUAGAAAGCCAUAUCUUCACGAGUCUCGGCACCAGCAUGCUAUGAGACGGGCGAGGGGUACCGGAGGACGAUUUGCAAAGAAAUCCGAUGCUGAGGGUUCAAACAACUCAGGCAAGGAAAAGGAUAAUGGUGCUGACUCUGUCCUAUCAUCACAAUCAAUUAGUUCAUCUGGUUCUGAACCUUUGCAUUCUGACUCUGCGGAAACCUGGAAUUCUCCUAACAUGCAACAAGAUGCAAGAGCAGCAAAAGUACAGAACAGGUUCGAAGCACCUGGUUUCCAAAAUGUCAGUGGCUCUUACAAUAAUCAUCACGGUUUGCAAUCUUCGGUGUAUCAUUCAUCCUCAGGUGAAAGAGUGGAGGAAGGGGACCGUUCAGUUUUAUAGUGGUUAGUCAACUCCAACUUCAACCAACUUGGAUGGAUGAUGAUCAGGUUAGAAGAAACAAACUCUUGAUGUACCAACACUCUGUUUGACUGGUUUAUUGUGUAGUUCAACUGGCUGUUAAUGUUAACAUGAGACGUCAUAGUUUUAAUUUCAAGUGUUAAUGAACAUGCUUUUAGUUAUUACAGCAUUUAUUGGCCUUUGUUUUAAUUUUUCGCUAGUCAUUGUUCUACAGAAUUAAAUUUUCAUGAAUGAAAAAGUAAUAUUUCUAGCAUCUUCAAACGUAAGUUUGGUCUUUUGUAGAAGUGAGCAAGAUUUCCUCAUCUGAUUAUUCUUGUAUAUUAUAAUAUAAGUGGGAGUCUGUUCAAAUGGGGGAGAAUAAAGGUGUUUUUAUCUAAACUUGAAGUACAUGCUAUUCCUUGGUCACUUAGCUUGUAGGACAAAUAUGUGUAUAUGUUUUUUCAUUCAAAUAUUAAAAUAAGAGGCGCUUGAGUUAAAAAAUGUA